CGCCUCCCUGCCCGGGAUCCGCCCUUAGGGACGAGGAAGCCCGGCUCCCCUUCUCCAGGAGAUGAUAGAAAGUGACAUCACAACCAUAAUGUCAGGAAUCCUUAGAAAUUCAGGGCAAAAUCUUCACCCUUCUUCGCAGGAAUACAGGCUCCUGGCCUCGGACUCCUCCCAGGCGACCGACGAUGAUCUGCCCAGCGACCUGCAGUCUCUCUCCUGGCUGACGGCGGUGGACGUGCCCCGGCUGCAGCAGAUGGCUAGCAGCCGAAUGGACUUCAGCGGCCCCAAUGCCGUGCUGCAGCAGACAGGUCCCAUGCCAGCCAGCGUGCUUGCAGCGGGUGCCCCGGGCACCAUCGGCCACGUGCCCCCCCAGGGCAUGCUGGGGCUCAGUAGCAUCGGGUCCCAUGGAGCCAGUAUGAGCCCGUACCCCAUGGGGGGCCAGCCCUCCCCCAGCCUGCAGGACCAGCCCCAGCUCUACCCAGCCCCCUCACAGCCGCCAUUCACUCUGGCCCAGGGUACACAUCAGUGCCCCCCUGCUGGAAUGUACAGCGUCUCCUUUGGGGCGCAGCCUCCAUUCCCCCAGCCCCGCCUCCCCGCACACUCGGCUCAGGACCUGCACCCCAAACACUACCCCAAGCCCAUCUACUCCUAUAGCUGCCUGAUCGCCAUGGCCUUGAAGAACAGCAAGACGGGCAGCCUCCCGGUCAGCGAGAUCUACAGCUUCAUGAAGGAACACUUUCCCUACUUCAGGACGGCGCCCGACGGCUGGAAGAACUCGGUGCGGCACAACCUGUCCUUGAACAAAUGCUUCGAGAAGGUGGAGAACAAGACGGGGGGCUCCUCCCGCAAGGGCUGCCUGUGGGCCCUGAACCUGGCGCGCAUCGACAAGAUGGAGGAGGAGAUGCACAAAUGGAGGAGGAAGGACCUGGCCGCCAUUCACCGCAGCAUGGCCAACCCGGAAGAGCUGGACAAGCUGAUCAGUGACCGGCCGGAGAGCUGCCGCCGCCUGGGGGAGCCCGGGGAGCCGGACGUCCCGGUGCUGGGCCGAGUGGUGGCUGCUGCGGCGGCUGCCCAGGGCCGGCUCGCCGCCUCCCGCCUCCCGCCCCAGCCCGUGAUGACCCUCUCGCUGCAGGCCAUCCCCCUGCAGCGCCAGCUGCAGCCUCGCGCGGGCCUGGCCCCCGGCUCCCCUGCGCCGGCCCAGACCCCUCCGCUGCACGCCCUGCCCGAUGUGAGCUGCAGCCCCCUCCCCACCCACCCCGCUGUGAGCAGGGGCCCCGUGGACUUUCUGAGCCUCGUGGGCGACGUGAGCACCGAGGUGGAUGCGCUGGACCCCAGCAUCAUGGACUUCGCCCUCCAGGGGAACAUCUGGGAGGACAUGAAGGAUGACAGCUUUAGCCUGGACACCCUCGGGGCCUUCAGCAACUCCCCCCUGCAGCUGUCGGACUGUGACCUGGGCACCUCGGGACUCACCCCCGUCUCCAGCGGCAGUGAUCAGUCCUUCUCAGACUUACAGGUCACCAGCCUGUACACCACCUACGCGGCCUCAGGGGACAGUGCGUCCUCUUCCUCUGCCCAGUACCUGGGCACCCCAGGCAAUAAGCCCAUUGCCCUGCUCUGA